AUGCAAAUACCACCACAGAACCAAACGAACAUAGCGUCUUCAGCAACUUUAUCUGAUGAAGAAAAGCAACGAAAACGAUUUCAGCAAUCACCAAAAAAACAGACGACGACGUCUCAGAGAAAAUAUCUACAACCAACUCCCCAAACUCAACCAUUGAUUGCCAGUGAUAUUAAAGAACAUUUUAUCUGGUCGUUAGUAUUAACAAUAUUGUGUUUUUUUUUGAUUGGGCCAAUAUUUUCUUUAUUUUACAGUCGACAAAUUAGACGAAUGAAACAAAAUGAAGAUCUAAAAAAUGCUCAAAUUUUAUCGCAUAAAUCAUCAGUUAUAUUAAUGAUCUCAACGAUACUUGGUGCUGUUAUUUGGGUUGCUGUGUUAUUUUGUUCAGUUGGAUUAUUAUUGUUCGGAAAGUUGAAGGACAGUAAUAUUAUAUAA